UAGCUGUCAGAUCACUACAACUGAGAACGCAGGGACUGCAUCUGUAGGACAGGAGGGAACCACCCAGCUAGACCGCUAGGUGCGUCAACAUUUGGGAGCCUUCGGUGCAUCUUAAUGACUAUCACGUCUGUUGGUGGUGUCUCAACGAGCUAGCGGGGGCAGUGCCACCUGUUUAGGCUCACUCUGCGUGGAUCUCUGCACUGCUGUUCACUACCAGCCGGCUCCUUCAGAACACUCGAGCUGCUCGUUAGGCAGAGUGGCGCGCUGCGGGCAUCUCAGAAACGAUCCAGGCAGAGGGGAAACCUUGCAGAACCACACCCUGGGACCGCUCGAGCUUUCCGCUUGGGUGGUCUUCAACCGGCUUGUGGCGGAGGCGAUGGUGAGCACUGCGUGGGGAAUCGAGAAGUAGACCGGCGGUGCCAACAUGGUCACGGAGCAGCAGGAAAUACCCUCUUUGAUCUUUUUGAGUACCUGCCUUCUUUUGGGGCGUUGCCAGCAGGAUUCAAGGCACGGAGAAAGCUAUCUGAACUCCUUAUAUGACACAGCACCACUGUCCUGCUCCGAAGGUUUCACUGAACAAGGUUAUUACAAUGGUACGAUUUCACAGACGGACUCGGGUUCAGAGUGCCUCAAGUGGACUGAGUUUCCAGACUACCUCAUCCAGUACCCUGAUCGCGGACUAGGUGAACAUAAUUUCUGUAGAAACCCUGACCGUGAGUCCAGCCCUUGGUGCUUUUAUCGUCAAAGCACAGGUACUAUCGGAUGGGCCUACUGUGAUUGCCACCAAGGUGCUGUGCGCUUGAUAGGAGGGUCAUUGAUCAGUGGCCGAGUGGAGAUCUAUCUGAAUGGCCACUGGGGGUCAGUGUGUAAAAAGCACUGGAUGGACCAAGAUGCCAGUGUCAUCUGCAGGCAACUGGGUCUUGGGGAAAUUGGUUCAGCCCUGAGUCAGUCUUAUUUUGGAUCAGGAUCUGGUCUUUUUCACUAUGAACGUUUGGGUUGUCGUGGGGAUGAAAAGGUUUUAUUACAGUGUAAAACAAGGAAGUUUAUAACAAGUAAUUGUGGCCCAGGAGAUGAAGCUGGACUCAUCUGUGCUCCUCCACAGGGUUUAGGUGCUCCACUGAGGCUGGUAGGAGGCACUGAAGAAUUUGAGGGACGUGUGGAAGUGUACUACAAGGGAACGUGGGGAUCCAUCUGCGAUGAUCAGUGGGAUGACACUGAUGCCACAGUGGUGUGUCGACAACUGGGACUCAUGGGCACAGCAAAAGCUUGGUCUUGGGCUCAUUUUGGGACUGGCACUGGUCCUAUCCUAUUGGAUGACGUGGAGUGCACUGGCAAUGAGCUUUCAUUAGAUGAAUGUACUCAUGGUGGCUGGGGAAAACAUAACUGUGACCAUGUGGAGGAUGCUGGUGUGUCCUGUAACCCAUAUACUGAUGGAGUGGUACGAUUGGUUGGUGGGGACACUGUCUUACAAGGAAGGCUGGAGGUCUUUUAUGAUGGAAACUGGGGAUCAGUAUGUGAUGAUGGAUGGAGUGAUCUCAACUCAAUGGUAGUGUGUCAACAACUGGGUUUCAGAGGGAAAGCUUCUACCUCUCCAGAGGGAAUAUAUGGUAUUGGCUCAGGACUAAUACUGUUGGAUGAUGUGCGCUGCUCUGGAUCUGAGCGUUCCUUGCUCGACUGCUCUCACUCUGUCUUGGGACAACAUGAUUGCUCUCAUAGUGAAGAUGUGGGAGUGCAAUGUGAGACAGAGAUUAAGAGUAAUGAGAUACUAGAUAACACUCCAGAUACAGGUCUGCUCAUUCGCCUGGCAGAUGGAGAGUCCCAAAAGGAGGGACGAGUUGAGGUGUUCCAGAAUGGACAGUGGGGCACAGUAUGCGAUGAUGGCUGGACGGAUCGUGAUGCCACAGUAGUCUGCAGACAACUUGGGUUUGAAGGUCUUUCAAAGGCACGCUCCAUGGCUUACUUUGGGGAAGGUCAGGGUCCCAUUCACCUAGACAACGUGAAGUGCUCUGGGCACGAGCAGACCUUGAGACAAUGUGAGGCUCAGGAGCAAGACAAGCACAACUGUCGACAUAGUGAGGAUGCUGGAGUAAUCUGUGAAUAUUCUGAGGAGACGGUAUUGAGGAGCACAGAGGAACCAUUGGUCUGUGGUCAACAACCCAUUAUUCAGAGCAGAAAGAAGAGGAUCAUUGGUGGAGUCAAGUCACUCAGGGGUGGUUGGCCAUGGCAAGCUUCUCUCAGGCUCAAAUCUCAUCCUCAUUCUGCCAGGCCGUUGUGUGGAGCUACUCUGAUCAAUGCCUGCUGGGUGCUUACUGCAGCACAUUGCUUUAAGAGGUUUGGAACAGACCCAGCCAAUUACAUUGUACGGCUUGGUGAUUACCACACAGAUGUCCCAGAUGAAUUUGAAAGAGAGGUGGCUCUGGAAAAAGUCGUGACACAUAGCAGAUAUCACCUGCAGAGCAGCGACUAUGACAUUGCAGUGCUGCGAGUGCGUGGCAGGGAGGGAAACUGCAUUUCCUUUAACCCACACACUUCACCAGUUUGUCUUCCCCCACUCAAAGGCAACAAAGAAAGUAGAAACCUAAACAAAAAAUCAUCAGCUUGUGUUAUUACUGGCUGGGGUGAUACAGGAUCCUCUUAUUCUCGGACACUCUUACAGGGAUGGAUCCCAUUGCUCUCACCCCGCGUUUGCAAGAUACGCUAUGGAUGGCGCUUUACCCCCCGCAUGCUUUGUGCAGGAAGGCUUUCACAUAGAAAGAGAGUGGACAGCUGCCAAGGAGACAGUGGUGGUCCUCUAGUGUGCCCAGGAUUAAAUGGACAGUGGGUACUGACUGGAAUCACUUCAUGGGGACAUGGCUGUGGUCAACCUGAUUCACCAGGGGUGUACACCAGAGUAAGCAAAUUUCUACGGUGGAUUGAGAAAGUAACCAAUGGACAACAGGAUGUCAGAAGAAAUCUGUAGAUGAAACUGAGUAGAGGAUUAAGUGACAUCCAGGUCAAGACUAAAUGCUCUUUGAAUACCCUGGAUGUUUUGGGCUGUGUGCCAGCUAGGCAAAGGAUAACUGAAGCUCUGAAAUCAAAAUAAUAUAAAAGGACUUUUACAACCUGGGAACUGUCUUUCCAGUCAUUACCAUAUGGGUAUCAAUGACAAAACCAAGAGUCAGAAGCAAGCCUCAGAUGACAGCAGGAGUGAAAUAAAUAUUAUGCAGAAAUAGAUGUAUUUGGCUGAGGACUUAAGUCCUCAGUUCUCUUAAAGUUCUACAAUAUAGGUAAAUUGGUGCAGCAGUGCUGCACGCCCAUGUGCUGUUUCUGCGGGCAGCACUGUAUUGCGCUGAUAAUGUUCCAAUCUUCCAGCAUAACUUACUCAUUACACAGUUUCUAUAUCCUGUACUUCACACAUGCCUUUUAUCUUAGACCACACACCACUAAUUGGCCUUGUAUCAUGUGCAGCACACAGAUGAGCAUUUUCUCUUUUUACUAACACCCAGCCAAUAUAAACUGUAACACAAAAUACUGUGUCACUGUUCUUCACUAGAUACUUAUUACAGUAUAGUUUUGUUCAGUACUGGGCACCAAAUGCACUGUGCUCCUGUUUCAACUGUGUAUACUAACACCUCUGUGCCUGAUUAAGCCUCAGUCUUGUGAUGCAUACAAGUGACACAUUUUCUGCAUUGCUCACAAAUGAUCUUAAUACUAAUGCCUCUUACCUGCAUUGAAAGGCCAGAUUUUGAUAUUAAGGAGGAAAGGCUGGAGUGAUGCACAUAAUUCUACAUUGUAAUUGCCAAUAAAUUAAUACCACUGGGAAGUAAACACUGGUGUUAAAACAAAGAUGACUUUAGGCUUAACAAGAGGAGCUCUGAAAUUCACAGACUGUGACUUUCAGGUAAACACAAAGCCAGUCUUCAAAGAUACUUCUCCAAGUAUAAUGGAAAAUACCAAGAUAGAGUGCUUUAAUCUUUAUUAAGCUCUGUACAAAACAGUCACUGAAACUGACUGUAGAUAUACACUGGUAUAAUGGUAAGAGGUUACAAAGAAAAAAGGUGUCUGACAAGCUCCUGAAAUUGAGACACUAAUUGAGACUAAACUGUUUAGUAUUUGCUUAUUUUUCUUUUGUCUUGGAAAUUUCAUGAUGAAAACUGGCAUGGUUUACAGCAUACCACUACAAAGAAUUAUGAAUUAUGAGAAAAAAAAAAGAUUUGCUGGGGCAUUUCACUUGCAACUACUUUUUUUUUUUUAUCACUGCACUGUCCACAACCGAAAAAUAUGCAACAGGUACUUUAGACAACCUCUUUAUUGCACUAUACCAUUACCUUUUUGAAUAAUGCAACGAGAGAGAAAAUUUAAAUGUUUUUAAAGGAUUAAAACCUAUUUGUAUUUUAACAGUCCUUUUCAUGAUCUGCUAAUAUUCAUGUCGCAAGUCACUACACCAUGCCUUAUGACAAUGACAUGGCACAGGAAAGCUUGUCUGUCUGUAUAUGUCUACAUUUUUACCCAUGCAUCCUACAUGGUAUAUUCUUCGUUUUGGUUUUAAUGUCAACAUUUCCUUACAGUUUACUCAAUUCAGACUAAUAAGCACUACAUCUUAUUAAAGUCAUAUACCAACUCCUCUACCCAUUAAACAUGCUCAUUUUCCAACUCCAAAUAGUGUCUUGAUUGCUGGGCCCACUCAUAUAAGCAUCAGCAAUAGUAAACAGUUUACAUAUUGCCUUGUCAGUAUCAAAGAAAAUGUUAGCAAGUCUGUCCCUGCAUUGUACCUAGGACUAGGCUGAGUAAAGCAGGCAAUGUGUCAUGAGUAGUGAUACAAAUUUACAUUAAGUGAUAUCUGCUGGAUUUUAACAACCUUUCAAUCAUUGAGCACCUAACGGAGUUUAAAGUUAAUCCAUAUAAAUCAUAAAUGUGACACUUUUCACUACUUUUUAGUCUAUUCAAUUUACCUUCUAUUGGGACACUAUACGUUGAGGCCUUCUUAGCUUACCUUCAUUACUGUUCAUUUACAAUCCCACUAUGUUUACAUGUUUCUAACAGAUAUGUAGCCCACUAUCGCUGUCAUAAAUGGACAUGUUGCUAGACAUACUGUGGCACCUGGGAAAAACUAGGUCAGCUUAUGAUGAGUUGUGAGGAAAUGGUCAAAAGAUUAGAUAGAUAGAUAGAUACUUUAUUAAUCCCAAGGGGAAAUUCACAAAUUAGAUUAGAAGAUUAGAAGAAAACUGUGAUUUUACUCUCUUCACCAUUUAAGACCUUCAAAUGUAAAUUAAAAAAUAUUUUACAGAUAUUCUGCAUUUACUUUUACCACAUACUGAUUUUGUCACCCCUGCAACUGCUCUGUACUGUAUAGAUGUUGCUGCCUGUAUUGCACUGGCAGCAGUCAAAAAGUAAAACACUAAGCAAUAAUUUCUAAAUUGUAUUUUAGGCACAACAAGGCAAACAUACAGAGGUAGAGUAGCACAACAGUGGAAAAAAGGCUAUAGUAGCCCCCUAACCUAAAAGGAGUUUUAAAAGGCAUAGCUGACUAAACGGGGACUGGCUUGUCCAUGCUCCUCCAUGCAUUAGUUACUUAAGAA